AUGUCAGAUAAUAUACAACGCUCAUUUAUCACGUCGGUGGAACAAGCAGUAUCCUCCACGAUAAGUAAACAAAAACCACUUUUUGUUUAUCUUGUCACUUCAGGUUAUACGGAGAAUACGGACACGUUUUUACCAAAGUUUAUUGAUGAACAAACAAGUGCAAUAAUAAAAUCAAACUUUAUUUUAUUGAAGUUGACCCAAAACACCGUUGAAUUUGGAUACUUCAGUCAGUUAUUCAAAGAUUUGAUUGUUCCUAGUUUUUAUAUUGUGAAUGAGGGGAAGAUUGAGGCUGUUAUUUCCAACGACACAACAAAGGAGGAGUUUAUCAAAAUAAUUGGUAAGUUAACAAAACAUACACCAUCCAUUAAUAAUACCUCAUCACAUGAAAGCAGACAUACGGAGAAUAAUGUAGUUGUUGAAAGUCUGCGUCGCAACCACUCUAAGCCUAGCUCAGAUCAUGACAAAUCGGUAAGAAAGUAUCAAGAGGGUGUAGCCAGAAUGAGGCAGGAAAAGAUUGAAGAAAAGAAAAGAUUGAGGGCUUUGUUAGAAGCAGAUCAGAAAGAAAGGAAACUUAAAGAGCAAGAAAAUGCAAUUGCAGAAUCGGAAACUUCUACUAAAUCCCCUUCAACCAAACAAACUUCGCCAUCAUCUACCAACUCAUGUGUUUUAUCUAUUAAACUAUUUGAUGGAAGUACAAUGAAACGGGAGUUCAAAGCGCAUGACACGUUAGUUGAUGUAAGAAAAUGGUUGGAUUCUGAAGUUGAAAUCAUCCCACCUGCGAAAAGUAUGCCUUCUUUUGCUACCACAGCUUAUCCAUAUCCUACAGGUUAUGCUUUUCAUCGCCCUGCAUUACCUCGAGUCACUUAUCUGGAAGAGCAAGAAUCCAACACUUUGGCUGACUUGGAUUUAACACCUAGAUCAGCUUUAAUUUUGAAGCCAACUUAUAAUGAGGUUGACUCAGACAAGCCAGAUAAUGACAUCGGGAAAACUGGUAUUUUCCGCAGCUUGUUAAAUGUUUUAUUCACUUUAGGUGCUACAAUUUUUUCUGUUUUCUCGUACGGAGUCAAUGCUCCACAUAACCAAGAACGUCGGGAUAGUUCUCCUAGAAAUGAUCAUAACGAGACUGAAAAUUUACAGUCUAGUGAAGAUGACCAAUCAGUUAACAUUCAUCGACCUUCAAUUGCAGGUCAUCCAGGUCUGUUGAUGUUUGAAAGCACAUCUGCUUCAUCCUUGUUUUUGAAUAUUGAACCUGACGUUGAAGAGACCAGUGGAGAUGUUUUGAGACCUCAUUCACCACCUGUACCUAUUGAAUCGCAUUUCAAUCAGUAUUCCCAGCAAGCGUAUUCCACAGCUUCUAACAUCAACAGUCGUCCAACAACACCAGGAUCUCGAUCUUUAAGGCAAAUGCCAACUGUACAUGGUGAAUCAAAGGAAACGUCUAGUAAGAAGGAGCAGACUCAUAACGUAGAUAGUUAUAAUGGCAAUAGCAUCAACGUACACGAAAGAGAUGAUGAAACCCCAAAAGAUUAA